CGAAAUAACGGGGUUGCUGAGGAGAUCGGAGCAAGGCUAGCAAGAUUUUACGGUGAGAAGCCAUGCCACUUUUUGGAAACACAUUCAGUCCAAAGAAAACCCCACCCAGAAAAUCGGCUUCGCUUUCUAACCUGCACUCGCUGGACAGAUGUACCCGUGAGAUUGAGCUUGGCCUAGACUAUGGCACUCCUGUUAUGACCCUUACCGGACAGAGUCUGAAGUUUGAGAAUGGCCAGUGGAUAACAGAUUCAUUAGGGGGCAGCGGGGACCGCAGGGAGAUGCAGCGCCUGCACAAACGGAACCAGCAGCUGGAGGAAGAAAACAACCUGCUACGGUUGAAAGUGGAUCUUUUGUUGGAUAUGCUGUCUGAGACGACUGCAGAGUCCCACCUCAUGGAGAAAGAACUGGAAGAACUGAAAAAUUACAGCCGAAGGAGGAAGUAAAUAGGAAAUGAGAGCCUUUAAGAGAUGGGAGAGGGAAGAGCAAGAGAAUUUGGUUAAAAGCAGCCCUACCCAGAAGUGAUGAAGCCGCAUAUGCCUUGGAAGACUUUUUUUUUAUCCUGGUCCCUAUAGGACAUGUAGCCAAAUCCCAGGUGUGAAAUACUAAUACUCUCUCUAUGAGGUCAUGAAGCAGCUAUCUAUUUUUUUCCUUCCCUGUGGAGCUUCUAUCCAAGCAUUCUUAAUGUAUUUCUGCAACACACAUUUACUCUUUCCAGUAGCUAGUAGAGUAGUUGUAGUUCAUAUGCAUCUCUCCCCACCCGGCCAAGAAGAAAGCAGCAAAAAUCUGGGGGGGGGGGAGGGAGAGAGAGGGAGAAUGGAAGAGGGGGGAACUGUCUGCAGCAUAUACUUCCAUGCUCUUAUUGGCUAUGUUCA